UAUUUCUUUUUAUUUCAGACAUUCAAUACACGCCUUCACAACAUGCCUGAGAAAACUCGGGCGACCCUGGGAGGGUGUCAGAGGUUUGAGUGUCGGGUGAUUGGAUACCCCCGUCCAACCAUACAGUGGUUCAAGGAUGGCCGUAACAUCACCAGAGAUGACCGGUACGAGUUCGACUAUUCUGUGGAGGGAAUCAUCACCAUGGUGAUUUGUAAUGUGACUGAGAAGGACCAGGGCGUGUACUCCUGCAGGGCGGAGAAUUCUGAAGGCUGGGCAGCCACCGCCGCCUUCCUCAAUGUCAGAAGUAAGAACUGCUUAUAUUUUAGACACAACAACCUUGCAUAAAUAAAAAUUCUUUGA